AUGGUGUAUGAGGCCAGUGUUUGGCAUAUGAGGACAACAAGCCAAUUCAGUAAAGGCUCAUUCAUUUUGGAGUACAGAGGAGUUUUGGAGAAGACUGAGAAGACUGCAACAUGGAAUGAGUAUACAUACAUCUUCAAACAUAAAGGAACAGAAUAUUGCAUUGAUGCUUCAAGUGAAGAUGGGACACUUGGCAGACUCGUGAAUGAUGCUGAAAAGCCGAAUGCGAAAAUAAAAAAAAUAGAGGUGGAUGGUGUACCCAGUCUGUGUUUGUUUGCCAUCGUUGACAUUGAGGAAGGGCAAGAAAUAACCUAUGACUACGGAGGAGAAAACCUGCCAUGGCGUUCUUGCCAAAGGCAUCAAAUAUCCAAGCCUAUGGCUCCAACUACAGUCAAGAAACCUGUUCCCCACACACCAGUCCUCUCUCCGGCUACAAGUCACACACCAGUCGUGUCUCCGUCUACAGGUCACACAUCAGUCGUGUCUCCGUCUACAGGCCACACACCAGUUGUGUCUCCAUCUGCAAGCCACACACCAGUCGUCUCCAUCGACAGGCCACACCAUUCCUCUCCUCCACAGUGCUCCCUGAAGAGGUUUGUCAGUACAUUUGUUGGUGUAGCUUUAAAUGCAGGAAGUGUUAUGACAUGA